GGAGAUGUUUAGAUACACACACGCAUACACAUACAUACACAUUAACACACACACACACGCGGUGGACAGCCGGUUCAACGGCUUUGCUCGCCGAGUCGCUCCAUCACGGAUAUACAAAGCCGUCAUUUGAGGGUCUUAACUGGGGGGUGUGUGGGGGGGGGGCGACCCGGGUAACGUUACAGCCUUAAGCCAUCUUGAAACGGCGUCGUCCGGCCGGCCGGCGUUCCGCUAGCGGUUAGCCGAGUGACGCGUCUUCUCCCCUCGUCUUCCCGCAAACGACGCCGAAGAGUGACGCGGCGCAGUCAGGAGAGAGGACCACAACACCCCCCCCCCACCCCUGCCGCGGAACAGAAGGGCCCUCUCCUCGGCCGACAACCUCACGCUAACCCGCGCUCGGCUAACCCGACCACUCGGCUAAGCUAGCCAGCUAGCUAACGUUAGUAGUAGUAGUAGUAGUUGUAGUAGCUAGCGGGCGGGGGGGGGGGUCGGCGAGACACCGAGGGGUCCGGCUAAGCCGAGCGCGUGUGUGAGAGAUGGGGCUGCUGUCACACGGCUCGCCGCUGGGCUGGGAGGAAACCAAGAAGUACGCCGACCAUGUGCGGAAGCACGGCAUCCUGCAGUUCCUCAACAUCUACAACAAGGUGAAAGAUCGCCAGAAAGACGUGUUGAAGUGGGGCGACGAGGUUGAAUACAUGUUGGUUGAAAUGGAUAUCAAGAAUGAAAAGGUUCAUAUUGUUCUGAAUGGAGGAGAGGUUUUGGAAACACUUCAAGACAAAGGGGAGAAAACAGAUCCCAACCAUCCUACCCUGUGGAGGCCCGAAUAUGGCAGCUAUAUGUUAGAGGGGACUCCUGGACAGCCGUACGGUGGGGAUAUGUCCGUGUUCAACACGGUGGAGGAUAACAUGGGGAAGCGAAGGCGGGAGGCCUCAUCUGUCCUGAAUGAGAAGGAAACCCUUUUAACCAUCACCUCGUUCCCAAGAUUAGGUUGUCCAGGUUUCACCCAACCAGGGUACCUGCCUACGCCUGUCGAGAGAGGUGUGUCCAAGUCGCUGUUCUUCCCAGAUGAAGCCAUUAAUAGACACCCAAGAUUCAGUACCCUUACCAGAAACAUACGUCAUAGAAGAGGAGAGAAAGUGGUGAUCAAUGUGCCAAUUUUUAAAGACAAGAACACUCCAUCUCCGUUUGUGGAGAAAUUCCCUGAGGAUGACGGCGAAGCGGCUGCAGCUGCUCUCCCGGAUCACAUCUACAUGGACGCGAUGGGCUUUGGAAUGGGCAACUGCUGUCUUCAGGUGACUUUCCAGGCCUGCAGCAUUGAUGAGGCGAGGUACCUUUACGACCAGCUGGCGACGUUCUGCCCUAUUGUGAUGGCUUUGAGCGCUGCCUCACCUUUCUACAGGGGCUAUGUGUCAGAUAUCGAUUGUCGCUGGGGAGUUAUUUCUGCUUCAGUAGAUGACCGAACACAGGAAGAGAGGGGGCUGAAGCCUUUGAAAAACAACAAAUAUCGAAUCUUCAAAUCCAGAUAUGAUUCCAUUGAUAGCUACCUAUCCAGCUGUGGCGAGAAGUACAAUGACAUCGACUUGACAAUAGAUGAGGAGAUCUACAAGCAGCUGCUGAGUGCAGGGAUUGACAAGCUGCUGGCCCAACACAUAGCCCACCUGUUCAUCCGCGAUCCGCUCUCGCUCUUCGAGGAGAAAAUAAACCUGGACGAUGAAAACGAGUCCGACCACUUUGAGAACAUACAGUCAACCAACUGGCAAACAAUGAGGUUCAAACCACCGCCUCCGAACUCUGAUAUUGGCUGGAGAGUUGAGUUCCGCCCUAUGGAGGUCCAGUUAACUGAUUUUGAAAACUCUGCAUACGUUUGCUUUAUUGUGCUGCUAACUAGAGUGAUCUUAUCCUAUAAGCUGGACUUCCUGAUCCCCCUUUCAAAGGUUGACGAAAACAUGAAGGUUGCACAGAAGAGGAACGCAGUCCAGGAGGGCAUGUUUUACUUCAGAAAGGAUAUCUUCAAAGGCUGCAACCCUGUCCUUGAUGGCACCUCUUCGGCUCACAACGGCUUGGAGAUCGACGGUGGCAACGAGGAGUACACGCUGAUGUCCAUUGACACAAUCAUCAACGGAAAGGAGGGAGUAUUUCAAGGGCUCAUCCCAAUCCUCAACUGCUACCUGGAAAACAUGGAGGUGGAUGUUGACACGAGGUGCACCAUUCUGAAUUAUCUGAAGCUCAUCAAGAAACGUGCCUCAGGUUCCCUGAUGACCAUGGCCAAGUGGAUGAGGGUUUUUGUUGCGGAUCACCCUGAGUACAAGCAAGACAGCGUUAUAACUGAUAAGAUCAACUACGACCUGCUGCUGAGGUGUGAUAGGAUUGCGAAAGGAGAAGAGCGAUGCCCAGAACUCAUUGGAGACCCCAUCAAUAGGUUCAAAUGAGAUAUAUGCUGUCAGGAAUGUGCUGUCAUCACUCACACAUGCACACAAACACACGCUAGAUAACAUCGCGUUAUCAUGUUAUGUUAAACUUUGUGUUCAAAAAAACCAAAUAUCGAAGGCUUGGCAUUGACGAGGUCCAAACAAAGUGAAUUUGAAGACAACUCAGAGCAGCACGAGUGCAUUGUGAAGAAACACAUCUGCGUCAAAAUUGUAUAUACUGUAUCAGAUUUUUAUGAUCAUAAAGUUAUUUUAAUAGGACGAGAACAUGGAAGAUAAGAAAUCAGAUGUGUACAUAUUUUCCCUUCUGCUGAUAAAUUAAUCUUAUCUGUGUGAGAAUGUAAAUGUAGUUCACCAGUUGUAAAUUAGUUGGCUUUUAAUCUCAUGUUCUGUAAAUACUUCCAAUCUGAAAAGCAUUAACAUGGGUAUUUCAUCGAUCAGGUACGAACAUUUCUUGGCAUUGGGUAGAAAUCUUUUUUUUUGCAUUAUAAAAAGAAAUUGUUUGCUCUGCUGUGAUGACAGUGUACUAGGAACCUCAAAGUAGACUCACGUUUAAUUGAAAAUAGCGGAGGACUGUUUGCAAUGUUAGGCUGCUUCGAAUAAACCUGUACAGCAUUGAACUGUGCUGGCUCCAUGU